AUGCUGCGGUCACCAUCGAUUGCCUCUCAAUACCGCGACGACCUGAGCUCACCUGAUCCACUCGCAACUUCUCUCAAUGAUGAGCACAACAUUGGCAUUGGCGCCUGUGCAAGUCGGAAGCCUGCGCCCCAACGACCAUCAAUUGUCACCAUAAAGAAUGUAGCCAGGCACACCAAAUCGAGCUCUCAAAGUAACGAACCAUUCCCAUCGUCACCGUUUUGCGCCGUCUCAGAACAGCACCUGAGCCCUUGGAAGAUUCGAGUGACAGUGGAAGCGGAGCCAGAGAACGCAGACAUGGAGGGAAACAAUCCAAUGACCAGAGCGAGAAGGCGGACCACGAAGAUAUCGUUGCAGAACAACCCAUCCCCAACAGACGAUGCGAAGAGUCCGGCUCGAGGAAGAAAACCGCAUGCAAAUACUAAGAGGGGCGCAACUCCUGAGCGUACAGGGCGAAAUUCCAGUCGGAGCCGGAGACAGAGUGUGACAGACUUGGACAUAAUACCGUUGGGAGACGAUUCUGAAAGGGACGACUGGCUGAAGCAGAAGAAGUCGCCGCGCAAAAGACGAAGCCCUCGAAAAUAUGCUACAGUGGCGGAUACUGGAGCACAGUCAACCUCAUCGAAGUCAAAGUCAAACAACGCACAAUCUGAUCUUAGACCGGAUACCGAUGUCGAGGGCGGAGACGCGACUGGCGAGCCAGGUCCCGCAUGGGGAAGCGAGGCAGCAAUGCCUGAGAAGCUUGAGCUGCAUCAGGCGCUUGUCCGACCACGCGGCGUGUCAACGAGUUCCAGCUACAAUGAAGGCCGUACCGGGCAGGAUUCAAUUGCCAACGCGAGGAUCAAAAUCUCCGCCCACCAGGCUCAAUUGCAAGCACGGAAAGUAUCCGCUAACAGCGCGAUGAGCUAUCCGACUCCCUCACCUACUUCCUCCUAUCAUGGGGACUCUGAUGAGGUUGAAAAAUCUCUUGGGGAGGAGCCUGCUGCAAAUCAUGGAAGUGAAGGUUUUGACACAAUGCUAGAGAGCGAAGGUUUCACGAUGAUUGAUUUGGACACCUUGCCUUCAGUGAAGCGAUACCUCAGCAGUCCAUCGGAAGAGGGAGUGGCUGCAGGUUCGGGUACGGCACAAAUGCACAGUUUGACAACUAUGGGACAUCCGGCGCCGCCGACCAAGAACGACAUCAGGGCUUCCUUAUCACCAAUACCUGAGCAGGCAGUGGCCUAUCCCGCCUUGAGAGUGGAUGAAAGUGACAUAUCGAGCACUGUACCCUCAUCGCCACCCACGUCCGAGCAGAACGGGAGCCUGCUUAAGGCCUCGUCUUCAUCGAGACCUGGUCUCAUGCGGAAAGUAACGCCACAGCCGUGUUCAUCUCCCAAGCAUGUGUCACCACCAAAACACCAACCUCGACGAACACCACAACACCAGCAUCGGGCAUCAGCCGGCGCUCUUUUUGCGGGUAUUGCAUUGCAGGAAAUCAUGUCACCCGGCCCCAGCACUGAGAAAGCGCUACCACACGAGAACAUCCUGACUUCGCAACCACCAACCUCGCAUGGUCAGGAUGCUUUGUUCAACGGCUUCGACUCCGGUACUCAACGCGAGCUCAGAGCCGGCCUUCGCUUCGGCGAAGAGCUUGCAAAGAGACAGGUACCAGAAUUGCCAGCUCAAUCAACCGCCUCUGUAAGUCGAGAAAAGACAAAUACAGGAUCGGACAGAUCAUCAACCCACGAGAGAGUUGAGUCACGUAUCGGUGACAAAAGCAGACGAACUCACCAGGAACCACCGGCUAAUGGCGCUGGAACUCAUAGCAAUUCAAACCUCAAUAGCACCCAAGUCAUGGAGAAUGCGCCGCAGACGCCGCAGAAUAAAGCUUCUCCGCCAUCAGAGCCGGUCAUUCUAGACACUCAAGCUAGGCGAGAACGCGAAUGGCAACUUGAGAGGGAGGCUGUUUCCAGACAGAUUCAAGAAGCUUCUACAAGCCAGGUCAUAGUCAUCGAUAGCGACAGUGAAGUUGAAGAGCGGCCGACAAGACCACGAGAGGAAUCAGGCAUCCGUUCUCGUUUGGAUGACGAAGCUGGGGACGAGACGGACAUCUGGCUAGCAGAGGCCAAGAGCUCUUCGAGCCCACCGCGCGGAGGGACUAACGACUUGUUCACUCGCAGCGAACAGCGCAAGCAGCAGGAACGGGCCAAGGAAACAGUCAAUCGACCUAGGAGGAGCUUGAUCCCCAGUCCGUGGAAGAGAGGCGAAGAUGUCGAAGUGCCCAUCGAGCAAAGCGCAUUCUUAUCGACGAACAUGGAUGAAGCAAGCGGCCUUAUGGCUUAUCAAGGCCCUGAGAACGAUGUGAGAUUUGGAGCUAGUCAAAUCCAGCGGCAGCAAUUGAGACAGCGGAGUAACAGCGGAAAAUUCGACAUCGAUCUUAUGGCCGGGACGCCCAAGAAGGACGCCGUGGAGGAAGAAAGUGUCGACGAAUCAAGAGACCAUGGUGUCGAUGAGGACGACCACGACGCGCAGCCUCGAGAUGAUUCUGGCGGCGGUCACCAUGAAGAGCCCUCAGUUUCACUUACGCACGAGGAGCUGUACGAGAACGACAAAUCGACGGACGGGACCUCGGAUCUUUCAGUAGUAACCUCUUCGCCUCCACAGCCCGUCAAAAUCCCCGUGAAUUUCAACGACUCUUCCAUAUCCUUUUCGACGCCACAGCCAGAGCGCCAGACUUCAGCGACGCAGCGGCCGUCCUUUGACGCGCAGGAGGCAGGAUCUCCUCCCCGUCCACCGACACCACGGUCUGCUAUGAAAGGCUCCCGAGAGAGCAUGGCUUUCUCUCGGCCUGACACGCCGACCAUGAUAAGAAGAGUGAUCUUUAGUGGCAGAUCCAGAGGUGUGGAUGUCGAUGGUCAAGAGAGCAGUUUCAGCAUGCGGUCCUCAAGCGAUGAUACUUCAUUCGGGGACGAGGUUGGAAGGCAGUUGAGGCAAGAGCUUCACGCGGCAGAAGCUGAACCUGCACAGCCUCAUCCUCUUCGACAGGAGGUUGAAAUAGAGGAAGGAGGACAUCAAGUCGUAGCAAGUCAGGAGAAUCCGCCACAGACGGAAACACCAGCAACGGAGCCCAAUAAAGGCUGGGGCAGUUGGAUUUGGGGCUCGAAGCAAAAACCCGACAAUUCUUCCCAGCCAGAAGGGCAACGCAAGACCGACCAUGCGCCAAAUUCAAAGUCAAAGCCAACGUCAGCGUCCUACACAACUUCAAAAAAUGCAGCGACCCAACAACCACACCAAGACCAGCACCCGGAGGCUGGAUGGCAGCGAACCAAAUCCUCAAUCCCUUCUUCUGCCAAACCAUCUCACUCUGUCCCCAACAUCGAUCAGACACAUCUUCCACUACCAUCCUACCUCCUCGCCCCCUCCUAUCCAUCGGACCCCCUUCGCAGCACUAGAACACCUCUCUCCACAACCGGCGAGUUCACAAAUACCCACUUCCGCACCCUGCACAUCAUAUAUAGGAAGUCGCUGCGCCCGAAAUUCCAUCCUCCGCCUCGCGAUCAAAUCCGCGACGAAGUCUGGGCCCUACGCGGCAAGCAGAUGAUUGUGGAUGAGACCAAGAACGGACUCAUUAAGGGCGAGUUCGUCUGGACGGUCGGUGACGGCGAGGUCGAGGUGUUGGAGCGGUUCAUGCAGGAGUGCGAAUUCUCCAUGGGUUGGUAUGCUGGGCGAAAGGUGAGCGAAGGGCCUACCACUGCCAGGGAGGUGACGUGGGGAUGGACGGCCGAGGAGUUGUGCGAGAGACUCUGUCGGAUUGUGGUGGGGGAGGUCGUGCGCGAGGAGGAGAGGAAGGUUAAGAAGGAACGGGAGAGCUAG